UUCCGGGGCCAGGGCGUUCCUCCCCGCCCCCUGCCUCUCCGGUGUCGUGCUGGAAGCCCCCUGACUCCCGGAAGUUCCCGCCCCCCAGUUCGUGCCCUCGGCUCCCCGCCUCCCCGCGGCUUCUGCUGCGGCUACUGCUGCUGCUCUGAGCCCCGGCGGCGGCGGCGAUGGCGGAGGUGCUGCUGCUGCCGGAGGCGGCGGCGGGGGACCGGGACACUCGCGAGAAGCUCGCUCUUUGGGACCGGAGGCCCAACCCCACGGCUCCACUUACUGACCGCCAAACGGACUCGGUGCUGGAGCUGAAGGCGGCGGCGGAGAACCUACCGGUGCCGGCCGAGCUCCCUAUUGAAGAUUUGUGCAGUUUAACUUCCCGAUCAUUGUCCAUCUCUUUAACUUCCACGGUGCCAGAAUCUACAGAGGAUAUUCUUUUGAAGGGAUUUGCCUCUUUAGGCAUGGAAGAAGAAAGAAUUGAAACUGCACAGCAGUUCUUCUCAUGGUUUGCACAGCUACAAACCCAGAUGGAGCAAGAUGAAGGAACGAAAUAUAGACAGAUGAGAGAUUACUUGUCUGGGUUUCAGGAACAGUGCGAUGCCAUACUGAAUGAUGUUAACAGAGCUCUUCAGCAUCUCGAAUCUUUGCAGAAACAGUAUCUUUUUGUGUCCACAAAGACAGGUACUCUGCAUGAAGCCUGUGAACAGCUCCUGAAAGAGCAGUCAGAACUGGUUGACCUGGCUGAAAAUAUUCAACAAAAGCUCUCUUAUUUUAAUGAAUUGGAAACUAUUAAUACGAAAUUGAAUUCCCCAACGUUGUCUGUGAACAGUGAAGGAUUUAUACCAAUGCUGGCUAAGUUAGAUGAUUGUAUAACAUACAUUUCUUCUCAUCCUAAUUUCAAAGACUAUCCUGUUUAUUUACUCAAGUUUAAGCAAUGCCUUUCUAAAGCUAUGCACCUUAUGAAAACUUACACUGUGAACACACUGCAAAACCUCACAAGUCAAUUAAUCAAACGGGAUCCUUCAUCUGUGCCAAAUUCAGACAAUGCCUUCACUCUAUUUUAUGUAAAAUUUCGAGCUGCUGCUCCCAAAGUCAGAACUCUCAUUGAACAAGUAGAGCAACGAUCUGAAAAAAUACCAGAAUACCAACAGCUUUUAAAUGAAAUCCAUCAGUGCUACCUUGAUCAGAGGGAACUUCUGCUGGGUCCUAGUAUUACUAGUACUGUAACUGAGUUAACAAGUCAGAACAACAGAGAUCAUUGUGCCUUGGUUCGUAGUGGCUGUGCCUUCAUGGUUCACGUGUGUCAAGAUGAACACCAACUUUACAAUGAAUUUUUCACAAAACCAACGUCAAAAUUAGAUGAACUUUUGGAGAAACUGUGUGUGUCCUUGUAUGAUGUCUUCAGGCCACUGAUCAUUCAUGUUAUUCACUUGGAGACCCUGUCUGAACUUUGUGGAAUUCUUAAAAAUGAGGUGCUUGAGGAUCAUGUACAGAACAAUGCUGAACAGCUUGGGGCAUUUGCAGCUGGAGUAAAACAGAUGUUGGAAGAUGUACAAGAACGACUGGUCUAUCGGACUCACAUUUAUAUUCAGACAGACAUUGCUGGAUAUAAACCAGCCCCGGGAGACCUGGCUUAUCCUGAUAAGUUAGUCAUGAUGGAGCAAAUUGCACAGAGUUUAAAAGAUGAACAAAAGAAGUUACCCUCAGAAGCCUCAUUUUCAGAUGUCCGAUUAGAAGACACGCAGUCUAAUAUCCUAAAUAAAUCUGGCCCAGGAGAACCUCUUAAUCCUAGGCCACAGACCACAAUUUCACCAGCAGAUCUUCAUGGAAUGUGGUAUCCCACUGUUCGAAGAACUCUUGUAUGUCUCUCCAAAUUAUACAGAUGCAUAGAUAGGGCAGUGUUCCAAGGAUUAUCCCAGGAAGCAUUGUCGGCUUGCAUUCAGUCCUUACUAGGAGCUUCAGAUUCGAUCACCAAAAAUAAGACCCAGGUUGAUGGACAGCUUUUCUUAAUUAAGCAUCUUUUGAUUCUUCGUGAACAAAUUGCUCCAUUCCACACUGAAUUCACCAUUAAGGAAAUUUCCCUGGACCUUAAGAAAACUAGAGAUGCAGCAUUUAAAAUCCUGAACCCUAUGACCGUUCCAAGAUUUUUUAGACUGAAUAGCAACAAUGCCUUAAUAGAGUUCUUGUUGGAGGGUACUCCUGAGAUAAGAGAACACUAUCUUGACUCUAAAAAAGAUGUAGACCGACAUCUGAAGUCAGCUUGUGAGCAGUUUAUUCAGCAGCAGACCAAGCUGUUUAUAGAGCAGCUGGAGGAAUUCAUGUCAAAGGUUUCAGCAUUAAAAACAAUGGCCAAUCAGGGAGGUCCCAAGUAUACUCUGUCUCAGCAGCCCUGGGCACAACCAGUCAAAGUCAAUGACCUAGUGUCUGGUGCCUACAAAACAAUAAAAACAAAGCUACCAUUGACGUUGAGAAGUAUGUCACUGUACUUAUCCAAUAAAGAUACAGAAUUCAUCCUGUUUAAACCGGUGAGGAAUAAUAUUCAGCAAGUAUUCCAGAAACUCCAUGCUUUGUUAAAAGAAGAAUUCAGCAGUGAAGAUAUCCAGAUCAUAGCUUGCCCUUCCAUGGAACAGGUGAAUUUACUGCUGUCGGUGUCCAAAUAACCAAGUCUCUGAGACUAUUGAAAACAGAUGUAGAAGGUAUUCCAGGAGGCCGGAGCAGGGCUAAGGAGUCACCCAUGCGGCCUGCAGGAUAUCGAGAGGUUUUGUGGGGAGAUCCCUCAGGGUCCACAGACGACUUAAAAGUCCUCUAUGAUUCUUAGCAUUACAGAAUUAAUCUAAGCAAAGGAUAAAAAAAUACCUAACAUGCCAAAGACUGACUUGUGAACAUUGGACAUGGCCUAAUGUUAUUAAAAUGGCUCUGAGACAUGUAACUAUUAGAAGUUAAUCUGUGGACAUGCAAUGAAGUGAUUCCUGGAGAAAAUAUGUGCAAUGAAAGUAGUUACUAGUUAGGAGUAGUAUGGAGUUAAUUAGGAAGCUUCUUGGAGUGUGGUUGUCUAAAGUGUUAGACGUUGUUGAACAAGCUCCCAGAAAUGCUGUUCAUACGCUGUGUUAAUGUCAUGUUUCUUAUGCCACUUUGUAGCAAAGAUGGGAUGUUUCUGGGAGCACAGUCGGCUUUCCUUAGAAUUCAGGGACUUCUCUUUCUAUGUUUAAUGUAAAAUAGUUUAAUCAAUCAGGUCCUGCAACUAGACUCUGGGAUCUCUGCUCUUUGGAUUGCCUUAGUGGAGAGCUGAGAGAGAAGAGACGACUGCUGCUAUCUCAUAAUGGGCAUGGGAAGUAUCUCUAAUGAAAAUCUGUAGGGUACAAUUGCAGGUGUUUGUGAGCAGCAAGUACCAAUUAAAGCGUCUUGUGCUUGGGGAGGCUCUUCUCUGGGAGCGCUCAGGGUUCCGCAUCCCAGCACACACCAACUUCAGGCUGAGCAGCCCCUUGAGGAGGGAAGGCUUUCAUGGGCUCUAGAGUCACAUGACUUGAAUCUGCAGCUCUCUUUCAAUGGAAUAAAUCUUGUUAAAGGAGAUAAGGAAGAUGGAGAUGGAUGAUGAACACUUUAAAACUCACUGCUGUAUAUCAGGGAUCAUAAAAGAAAAGAUGCAUAUCUACGAAUUCUUACAAGAGCAUAGCUGGUGAUUUAGUUUGUGUUUGUAACCAGAGUUGGAUAGCAGAUCCGGCCUGUUUGGAGGAAGAUACAAAAAGAAGCUUUUGUCCAGAGACGAAGCAUUGAACAGGUCUCUGGCAUGUGAGUAGACUCUGAUGUGCGGCUGAUCGCUGUUCCUCUUUGUACAGUGAUUUAAGCACGGCAUUUUGCACGCCUUUAGUGGCUCCUGCUCAUUGUGUAGAGAUGUUACACAUCCUGAUGUUGGUUAUCUACAGCAGGUCAUCUGUUUUUCAAGUCAGUUUACAUUUGUUGUAGGGUUUGCUUGAUUAACUGACUUUUAAGAAGGGAGGUUGAGAGUUGCUCAGGCUUGUUCUCUGAAAUGUACUAUGGGGAAGAUGUAUUUUUUUCUUCCACUUGUUAUAAAUAUAUGUUAAGAACAUAGACUGUAAAAUAUCUAUUUUGUACAAUAUAUGUAUAUUUGUGUUUUUUUUUUUGAAUAGCCUUUUCCAAGAGAAAUGAGGGCAUGAUUGCUGUAUAGUGUACUAUGACUGAUUUUAAUUACUUGUACAGAAGAAAGGGUCAAAAUGUUUAGCAGCACUCAUUUUUGUGUUUUGAAGUUUUCAUUUCUGAAAUACUCAAAACACCUCACAAAGUGCUUGAAUAGUAGUGAUCACAUUUGCUAAAUGAAUAUUUGUUUAAAUCUGUACAGUUUCAAGUGUUUACUUAUACAGAUAGUGUAUAUACUUUUAAAUGAUUAAUUUAAAAUGCUUUAUAUUAUCUGGCUAGUCACUUGCAGUUUUUAAUAAAUGUGGAUUUUCUAAAAAAUAAAGAUUUUGCUUCCUAA